AUGACUUAAUUAUUAUUUAGCAUCUUUCUUAAUACUGGUAGUUUAUUUAUUCUUGAAAUGAAAAAAGGAAAAAAUGCAAUAUUUAAUUCUUAAGAUGCUGUCAUUCAAAAUAAUGAAGUAAUUUCUUGUCAUUUUUAUGAUUUAGGGUUUCAGCUUUAAUUCUACUGAACUGAUUUUUUCAGCAGGAUUGCCUGAUAUUCUGGCUCAACACAUUCCCAAUAAUGUCAACAGAAUUUUUUAGUUUGGAUUUUAUGUGUGCUAUAAAUCAUGA